GCCUUGCAGUUAAGUCAUUCACGACAAUCAACUACAACAGGCAUAAAUUCUGUAACAGGAACAAUUCACAUAGUACAAGUGAAAAGUAUUCAAGAUGGAUACUGAAGAGUUCCGGGUUAGGGGCAAGGAGAUGGUGGAUUAUAUCUGCAAGUACAUGAAUACUCUGCCUUCCAGAAGGGUGACUCCGGCUGUGGAGCCAGGCUAUCUCCGCGAGUGCAUGCCCACUCAUGCCCCAGUUCAUCCGGAACCCUGGGACGAUGUUAUGCAAGAUAUUGAGAAAAAGAUUAUGCCUGGAGUAACGCAUUGGCAACAUCAUGGUUUCCACGCCUAUUUCCCGUCGGGCAACGCGUAUCCAUCAAUUCUUGGCGACAUGUUGUCUGGUGGUAUCGGCUGCGUCGGAUUUUCUUGGGUCUCAAGUCCUGUGUGCACGGAGCUGGAAAUUAUUAUGAUGGACUGGAUGGGUAAAGCAAUCGGUCUCCCAUCCGCAUUUCUUUCAUCAGGAAAAAAGAGCAAUGGUGGGGGUGUAAUUCAGGGCUCUGCAAGCGACUGUGUUUUUGUUGUAAUGUUGGCCGCUCGUGCAGCAGCUAUUAAAUAUCUGAAGAAGAAACACCCAACAACAGAUGACGGCCUACUUCUUUCUAAGCUUGUAGCGUACGCUUCGAAGGAGGCCCAUUCAUGCGUAGAGAAGGCUGCAAUGAUGUCUUUUGUGAAGUUGCGAGUGCUUCCCGUUGAUGAUAAUAACAGCUUAAGGGGUAUCACCCUUAAAGAGGCAAUGGAACAAGAUGUAGAAGCUGGAUUCUUUCCAUUUUUUGUAUCAACAACAUUGGGAACGACCUCUUGUUGCUCGUUUGAUAAUCUGCCCGAGAUUGGUCCAGUUGCGAAGAAGUUUCCAUCUGUUUGGUUACACGUGGACGCUGCAUAUGCUGGCAGCUCCUUCCUGUGUCCCGAGAAUAAACAUCACCUUGCAGGAGUAGAAUACGCGGACUCCUUCAACACCAAUCCUAAUAAAAUGAUGCUUACAGCUUUUGAUUGUUCUCUGCUAUGGGUAACUAAUAAAUAUCUGUUGACAUCAGCUCUAAUUGUGGACCCAGUAUACCUGCAGCACAUGUACGAUCAUAAAGUAAUUGACUACCGCCAUUGGUCAAUUCCACUGAGUCGACGUUUUCGUUCAUUAAAGCUUUGGUUCAUGUUAAGGAGCUACGGAAUAUCAGGUCUUCAAAAGUACGUGCGACUUCAUUGCGAACUGGCGAAAUACUUUGAAAAGCUUGUCAGAAAAGACAAGAGAUUUGAAGUCUGCAAUAAAGUUAUGCUUGGGCUUGUUUGCUUCCGUUUGCUAGGAGGCCCGGAAGAUCUCCCUCCAAUAGUGGAUGAACUGAACCAGAAACUACUCACCAAUAUUAACGCUUCUGGACACAUCCAUAUGAUACCAACGCUUCUGCGCAAACAAUUUGUCAUCCGUUUCAGUCUUGCCAGUCAACAUGCAACUCGCGAAGAUAUGGAUACUGCAUGGGAAAUAAUUCAAGAUCAUGCAUCGGAAUUAUUGGAAGGAUCAGAAAACGAACGAACGACUCGUCAAUCUCGAACGGUUUUGGCUUUAAGGAAUUCACACUUCGUGCGAAUGGUUAGCGACCCGAAGUUAUACUACUCAAACAUAAACAAGGACCCACCACCACAACUAUACAACCACAAUUUCCCGCCGCCAGUUGAACUAACACAUCCUGGGACACUGUCGGAUCCGGGGUCAUCAGUGCUGAGUCGAUCGCCAGCGAAGUCGUGGAUAAGCUGGCCACUUGGAUCUUUCAUACAAAGUGCAGACCAUGAUUCAAACGACGUGCCGUCGAGAUUGGAUACGACGAGUCCCUGUCAUGAUCACGGGCAUGGUUGUGGACAUGGAAAUACACUUGCUUCUUUGCAUGGCCAGCGUUGUUCAUCCCCAUCUGCUUCACCUGAGCGAAGAUCACAAUCACCUACGACUCACUAAAUAUGCCUACAUAAUAUUAUGUAUAUGGAGCUUCAAUGUUUGCAUAUUACUCUGGUAUUAUUUCGGGGUUUGGUAUUAUGCAAUUUUUUUGCAAUUUUUAUUCUAAUAAUGACUAAUAAAUGUUUCUAUUUGCAAU